AUGGCAACAUCAAUAUCAUUAGAAGAUUCAAUUACAAUAUUUGAAAAAGAUCAAAAUUCAGAUGUUUUAAUGUCAUGGUGUUUUCCAACUAUAACAGAAGAUUUAAAGAGUGUUAUAUUAAAUAGAACAAGCUUAUUACAAGAAAAGAUAUCAUUACAAUUUAGCUUUAGUAAAUUUAAAAACUCAUGGAUUUAUAUAUAUACAACAUCAGUUGAAACCCAACAAAUUAAUAAAGAAGAUGGUUCAAUAACUCAAAUUAAUGUACCUGAUAGUUUAAAAAGAGUUGUAGCAUUCUCAUUGGUAUUGGUAAGAAAUCAAUUCAAUCCUGAAAAGUAUGGAUCAUUAGCACAAAUAAUGUCAUCAGUUUAUAAACAAACUGGUGAUUGUUCGAAAUUGUUGGAAUGCCAACUACGUGUUUUCAACCGAGGUCAAUUCGAUGUUGGUUCAAUGGGUAAAUUUGUCGAUUCAUCAUUCGAUGUACGUAGAAGCUAUUUACAAACUUCAAUUAAAGAUAUCAUUCAAUUAUUUGGUGAAGAGAUCAUUUUAAUUUGGUCUGCUAUGGCAAUGAAAAAACGUAUUGUUGUUUACUCUGAAAAGUUAUCAUCACUUUUAAAAGUAAUUAGAGCUUUACCACUCUUUGUAUUUCAUCGUCAAAAUUGGAAUAUUUUACGUCCAUUCGUUACAAUCUCUGAUUUGGAAUUAAAAGAUUUGGUUUCAACUGGUGUUUAUUGUGCUGGUUUCACUGAUUCUUCAAUAAAAUCAAGAGAAGAUUUAUAUGAUAUUUUAGUUGAUUUAAGUUCAAAAGAAGUUUCAGUAUCAUCACAAUCAAAAGAUCAAUUUAUUUUAGGUUCAUUUCAUAAGGAUGUAUUAAGAUUUUUAUUAGAUUCAUUAGAUGAUGAAGAAAUUACAGAUCAAAAUGUUAUUAAAGGUUUAAAUUUGAAAAUGAAAGAAUUAUUAACAAAAUUAGAAUCUUUAAAAGAAACAAAUGAAGAAACUGGUAAAUCAUCAAUCACUUUAGAAUCUUUAGAAACUAGAAAAUUACCAAAUGGUAUGAGUACUUUUCUUUUCAAUAUUGCAAAUGCAGAAGGUUUAAAUGGAUAA